UCAGGGCAGCAGUCUGUUGUGAGGACAGGAGCAUACCUCCUGAGCACACUUCUGUGCCUCUGCUACACUCUGAUACAAAGUGAUUAGCACCACCAAGCCCCACGCUCCUGGCCAGCUUGUACCCUGCUGCCACAAACUCACAGCACAACUAAAGAUGGCAGAAGAGGAUGCAAAGCACGUGCCUUUCUCUAUUUUUUUUAAAGGCUGUGGAUUCCUGAUGUUUUAUCAAAUGGGAGUAAUGAAAGCUCUACAGGAACUGGCCCCUGAGAUACUGAGAUCAGCAUCCAAGAUCUAUGGGACAUCCUCCGGAGCACUUAUAGCCACAUUAGUGACUUGUGGGUGUGAAAUAGAUGCAGUGUUUGGUUAUAUGACUGAAACCGUGAAAAAUAUGGAGGGUUCAAUCCUUGGGUACCUGUAUCCAAAUAAUAAACUAAUCCUGAAUAUACAGAAGGCAUUAGAAAAAUGUCUGCCAGAUAACGCUCACCAGCUCGCUUCAGGGAUACUGCACAUUUUUCUUACUCAAGUUUCAGGUAUCCAAAAUGUUGUGGUAUCCAAGUUCAGCUCCAAGGAGGAGAUCAUUCAGGCAGUGACCUGCAGCUGCUUCAUUCCUGUCUAUAAUGGGUACAUCCCUCCCUCUUUCCAGGGUGCGUGCUAUAUUGAUGGAGCCCUCAGUAACCCAGAGGCUUCGUUCCACAGAUCCAUGAUUACAGUGUCUGGGUUUGCAUUUGACAAUGACAUCUGCCCAAGGGAUAAUCCAGGCACUUACCUCAGUGUGUACAUGUUGCAGCAGGUAUUUCAAAUGUCACCAGAAAACUUCAAAAGGCUGGUCUGUUGUCUUUUUCCACCCAGCCAUCUGGUGAGUAGCAAUCAGAAAUUGAUAUAACCCUAGAAUUACCGUCUGCUGUGUGGGUACAACAAGCAUUGUUUACAAGCCUGACAUCUUUUCUCCGUAGGCGUUACAUGAGUUCUUUUUACAAGGGUAUCAUGACGCCGGCUUCUUCUUGGAAAGAAAUAGAGAGUUUGGUAUAGAUUAUCUUGCCAGGAACACGACACUCCCAUUAGCCAGCGAGUCCCAUAAGAAACACUUGUCCCAGACCAGUGGAGGGUCUUGGAACAAGAAACCAUCAACAAGGAUCCUCACUUCCACUGAUGCAGCAUACAAGGACCUCACCAGACAGCAUGGAGCAAUGAGCAGGGCAGAGAAUGAAACAGAGGAGAAAACACAGCAGUUGCCCCUAUACUGAGACCAAGGUAGAGGAUAAUCAAGAUCGCUUUUAUUCCUCUGGUUCUUGACAAUCAAGUAACAGUGACAUUAGGAUCCACGUGAGCACAAGUCCCAGUGAAGGUCAGGGUCAGUGUGUGCUCCCAAAUUCAUUAGGGCAGCCUUGGCAAUGUUCUCUUGGGAUCAUUGCUUAUUCACACCUGACUUUCCUGAUCAAGAAUGUGCUCAAAGCCACAGCCCCCUAUUACACACCUUAUGUUUGAAAGGAGACAUUGGGGUCAGCAGACCUGUCCAAACUACGUCCAUUGGCGCACACACUUCUAUUGUUAAUGCUCUUUUUGCUUACAAACACUUGGACAUAAUUUUUUUAACCUUUCUAGCUUAUAAAGACAGAAAUAAAUCUUCGCUAGGGCUUAGCAGAUACAAUUUGUUCCUGAUUUUUCAUAACUUCUAGGGAACACACACUUCUAAUGUAAAUGCUCUUUCUACUCACAAGCCCUUGGCCCUCUAUGAGCUUACUUCAUCUCUCUGCGUCUCCAGCCUUUCCUGAAUAUGAAUGUACAGCAUUUUAGUUAGACAAGUGUGCAAGCAGCAUGGACACUUCUCUCAUCUGAUGCCUUGCUUAUCUGCACUUAUAUUCAACUGCUUCUUAAUACAUUUAAAUGAAACCAAUGUGA